AGGGAGGCGUGUGGUCCCUCAGCACGGUGCUGUGCGAUGCCCUGAUGACCAUGGACGUGAUGCUGUGCACAGCCUCCAUCUUCAACCUCUGUGCGAUCAGCGUGGAUCGGUUUAUCGCCGUUUCAAUCCCACUGAACUACAACCGGCGACAAAUCGACCUGCGGCAGUUGAUCCUUAUAUCCACCACCUGGAUAUUCGCCUUGGCUGUAGCAUCCCCAGUCAUAUUUGGCCUCAACAACGUCCCAAACCGGGACCCCAGCUUGUGUCAGCUGGAGGAUGACAACUACAUUGUGUACUCCUCCAUCUGCUCCUUCUUCAUCCCUUGCCCCGUCAUGCUGGUGCUGUACUGUGCCAUGUUCCGAGGACUCAAGCGCUGGGAAGAAGCCAGGAAGGCCAAGCUGAGGGGCGGCAUCUAUGGGGCCAGCAGGAAGCUCUAUCACCCCUCAACCUUUACGGAGAGAGAGCAGGCGGGACUGGAGCCGGAGGAGGGCAACCCUUACACCCACUCUGGCCACGCUGGGGACUACGGGAUGAACAAUGGGAUCCAGACUGUCUCCUACCCACACCUCAAGUAUCCGCACCCAGGACACAGUCGGAAGCGGGCCAAGAUCAACGGCCGGGAGCGGAAGGCCAUGCGGGUCCUGCCUGUUGUUGUCGGUGCUUUCCUCUUCUGCUGGACACCCUUUUUUGUGGUCCACAUUACCAGGGCUCUCUGCAAGUCCUGCACCAUUCCCACUCAAGUCACCAGCACUGUCACUUGGCUGGGUUACGUCAACAGUGCUCUCAACCCCAUCAUUUACACCGUUUUCAACACGGAGUUCAGGAACUUCUUCCGCAAAACCUUGCACCUCUUCUGCUGAGCCCACCAGAACGGGUGGGGAGAACGAACGACCAGGCUGGUUUUUUGUAUAGUUCAUUAAAGAUCUAUUUCUGCCU